AUGUUGGAUCCUCUUCCACCGUCGCCCAAAUGGCUGCGAGAUGCGGUUGAGCCGUGGGCCGUGUAUCUCAAUAUCCCCGCCGUGACCGAUCAUGUCCACGAGAUCAUCGCUGCCUUCGCAUUUUACCAGUUCAUCCACUCAUGCCUGUCGCCAUGGCUAUCUCCGAUACUCUUCCCACGUCACUACCCGAAGCUCAAUAGACGGACGAAGCUUAACUGGGACGUCCAUGUUGUGUCUCUGGUGCAGAGCGUGCUCAUCAAUGCGGUAGGGUUAUGGGUUUUGUUUGUGGAUGAAGAGCGGAAGUCGAUGACAACGGCGGAGCGGAUAUAUGGGUAUACAGGGGGAUGCGCGCUCGUCGCGGCGUUGGCAACGGGAUACUUCAUCUAUGAUCUGUAUAUCAGUACGGUCUAUCUGAAGAUGUUCGGUGUUGGAAUGCUGUUCCAUGCUGUCAGUGCCUUGUGGGUUUUCAGCUUUGGAUUUAGACCUUUUGUCAACUACUACUCCCCCGUCUUCAUCCUCUACGAACUCUCCAGCCCCUUUCUCAACAUGCACUGGUUCUUGGAUAAAGUCAAUAUGACCGGCAGCAAGUUUCAGUUGUACAACGGUAUCUUGCUGUUGGCUGUCUUCUUCAGCUGCCGCCUAAUCUGGGGCACCUGGCAGUCCGUCCUGGUGUACCAGGACAUGUGGUACGCCCUCAAGCAGAGCUGGUCUGCAUCGACGUCCCCCGCCCUGAACCCCGUCGACAUCACCGCAGACGUCUUCCAGAUCCGCGACGGGUCCCUCUGCGUCAACCAGGCCUGCGCAAGAGCCCAGGCCGAGAUCUCCAAGUUCUCCCGCUACACCGCCGGCGGUGUGCCCACCUGGCUGGUCGUGACGUACGUCGUCUCAAACCUCGUCCUCAACACCCUCAACUUCUACUGGUUCACGAAGAUGAUUGAUGCCGUCCUCAAACGCUUCCGCAAGCCUGCGGCAAAGAAGGAAGAUGCGCAGACUGUCGUCAUCGAGGCGGCUGGCAAGCUGGAGCAGGAGGAAGGUGCCUUCACCACUGGUGACCUCGCCGGCGAACCAAUUGCAUCGGCCGUGGAUGCCGGUCUCACUGAUGAGUUGCGGAAGAGGAAGGCUGAUCCGACCAUUGUAGCUCGCUCUUGA